GCCAGUUACGUGAACGAUUACUUGCUGUCGUAAAUAUAGCGUCCAGCCGAAAAUCAGGCUAGCCGAAAAUCGUGCUUCUCUAUCGCCUGGCCGCGCUUGACAUGCAGCUGGUUGCACACAGACAAUCACGAAUCGCAUACGUGCACGUGUUGACUCUACUUAACAGUGGAAAUUGUGCCGUCAGAUCAGAGAACAAGAUCGUUCGGGCUCGAAGAGACUGGUGCCAAUAUGACGCCCCAAAACCCGCCAAAACGCAAAAACGCCUGCAUCAUAUAGCGGUUUUUCGACAUGAGGCGUCUGGGUGUGACUCGACAGCAGACGACGCGUCGACUUGCGGUGCGAAAACCUGGAGUUUAGAACUUAGAAAAUGAAGUGGGUGAAGUGCUAGGAUGCGCACAAAUAAUGAAAAUGACUGGGUCGAAGAGGAGGAACUGGUGGUCGUUGAAUUGUCAGGCAUCGUAGACCCAGAGUACUUGUCGAAAUGUAGAAGUUCCAGUUUCAAAUUGCUUGGUAUAGAGACAGAUGAACCAGUGAUGCAGCUUGGUAGCUAUAUAUUCACUGGACAACACAAGAAUAUGCUGGGUACUGCUGUCAUAUUUGAAAAAACAAAUAACCAAGAUCAAGGGAAAGAAAAUCUGCAAUGGAGGUUCAAGUGUCAGACUGACAAAAAGAUGGAAAUGCAGCGAGCUCACUUGAAACCUAAACAAACAGCUCAAGAAGCAUCAAAGUCGCCCCAAGAAGGUGAUGUGAUACCAGAGACACAAAGCCAAGAACCUGUAGCACCUACAUGAUACUUUGGAGUGAUUGGACAAGAAGUUUUUAUAUACUGGCUGUUUCAGUGACUUGCUUUCAAGAUUGGAUUGAACUAGCCAAUCACAGACUUCCAAAUCUACUGCAAAGAAACUGAGCUGUCAGUAACAUGGCAGCCAGGAUUUCAUUGGGUAACUUAUCAAAACAACUUUGUAAAUACAUGAGUUUCGAAAUUUGUCACAUUUGGAAAUUGCUGACAGGUAGUGAUUAUUAUUUUAGGGCAGCUUUAAAAUAAAUGGCCUCCAGUUUAAUGGUAUUAAAUGAAUAAAAUCAUGUUGACAACAAUUA